GCGCCUUAGCUGAUUGGCCAGUAAAUCCGUGGCCUGAGAGCGACGCACAGCAUCGGGCUGAUAUCUCGCCACCCGUCGACGGAGCCAAUGCGGCGACAAACGGUGAGAGCCAAGACAGAAGUGAAGCACAGACUGGAAUGUAGAACCUCCUGAGAUGUCCAGCAAGCCUCUUACCGCCUUCAUCACUGCUGAGGAAGAAGCAUGAAUCUCCGCUCUGUCCGACGUGAUUCAAAUACUGGUGAGCCAAUGUGUUAGGACCACUCCUCACCAAGUGUACAUAGCCCAUGUUCACGCAUGACAUCAUGGGAAGUUCCCCCGAGGUGCUCUCAUGGACUUCCUGCCCCAGUAUGCUGGUGGGCAAGCUGAAGGAGGAGCUCAAACACAGUGUAGUUGGGGACUCCAUGAAGAAAUCAAAUGCACCAAACUCUCAAACGCAGCCUCCAUCGGCCCCUCCUUCGUUUUUAUCCCCUCAGAUAAUCGCGGACCUGGCCCCACCCACGCACCUGCCCGUGCCCCUGCAGCUGCUGCGGCCGCCUAGCCAGGAUGAGGAGACAGCGCUGGGGGGUUUGAGUCCCCAAAACACGGCCUUGAGCGUAGACUCCACGCGGAGUAGCGGCGGCCACUUUGACAACAGUGUCCUGCAGCUACAGGAGCACGACCACGAGGAACCAGUCUCGCCGGCCUCCUGCGAGCACGGGGGCUGCAGGAGCGGAAUGGAGGAGCAAACCGGAGACGGGGAAUGUCAUGUGGACCACAAUGGAGAGGGGAGGCAAGGUCACCGGCAUCACCACGACGACAUCAAGCUGCACUUCCACAGAGCAGGGCCCGGGUCGGGUGGCUUCCUGGAGGGGCUCUUCGGCUGUCUCCGACCGGUUUGGAACAUUAUAGGAAAGACGUACUCCACAGAAUACAAGCUACAACAACAAGACAUGUGGGAGGUUCCGUUUGAGGAAAUCUCAGAGUUGCAGUGGCUGGGUAGCGGAGCUCAGGGAGCCGUCUUCCUGGGCAAAUUCCGCUCCGAGGAGGUGGCCAUCAAGAAGGUGCGGGAGCAGAAGGAGACGGACAUUAAGCACCUGCGAAAACUCAAGCAUCCCAACAUCAUCAGCUUCAAGGGGGUGUGCACUCAGGCGCCUUGUUACUGCAUCAUCAUGGAGUACUGUGCUCAAGGCCAGCUCUACGAGGUGUUGAGGGCAGGACGGAAAGUGACCCCGAGGCUGCUGGUGGACUGGGCCUCAGGCAUCGCCAGUGGCAUGAACUACCUCCACCUCCACAAGAUCAUCCACAGGGAUCUCAAAUCUCCCAACGUUUUGGUCACUCACAACGACUCUGUGAAGAUAUCUGACUUUGGAACGUCCAAAGAGCUCAGUGACAAAAGUACAAAGAUGUCAUUCGCUGGUACGGUGGCCUGGAUGGCGCCAGAAGUGAUUCGAAAUGAGCCAGUGUCUGAAAAAGUGGACAUUUGGUCAUUUGGAGUUGUCUUAUGGGAACUGCUGACUGGAGAAAUUCCCUACAAAGAUGUUGACUCUUCCGCUAUUAUCUGGGGCGUUGGCAGCAACAGUCUUCACCUCCCUGUGCCCUCCACCUGCCCGGAUGGCUUCAAAAUCCUGAUGAAACAAACAUGGCAAGGCAAGCCCAGAAACAGACCGUCAUUCCGUCAGAUCCUCCUACACCUCGACAUUGCCGCGGCUGAUGUUCUGGGAGCUCCUCAGGAGACCUACUUCAAGUCUCAGGCUGAAUGGAGGGAGGAAGUGAAGAAACAUUUCGAGAAGAUCAAAAGUGAAGGCACGUGCAUUCACAGGUUGGACGAAGAGCUGAUCAGACGCAGGCGGGACGAACUCAGGCAUGCGUUGGACAUCCGGGAACACUACGAAAGGAAGCUGGAGAGAGCCAACAACCUCUACAUGGAGCUCAGUGCCAUCAUGCUGCAGCUGGAGGUCCGAGAAAAAGACCUAAUGAAGAGAGAGCAAGCUGUGGAGAAGAAGUACCCCGGGACCUACAAGCGCCACCUCGUAAGACCCAUUGUCCGGUCCAAUGCUGUAGAAAAGCUAAUAAAGAAGAAAGGGAGCAUUUCUCACAAACCUGGGAUGCCCACCGCCAAAAGGCCAGACUUGCUACGUUCUGACGGUAUCUCCAGCGUGGACCCCCUGCCGUCCCCGUCACCACUGUCCGCCAGCCCAAAGGUGUCCACCCCUCCUGGCAAAGCCCGCUACCGAAGCAAGCCCCGCCAUCGCCGCGCCAACAGUAAAGGAAGCCAUAGCGAGUUCCUCGGGGUGCUGAAAUCAACGGCAGGAGUGCCGGAAGACGCCCAGUCGCUACAGGAGCAACCUCCCCGCCACCAUCUUCACCACCUCCCCCUGCCAACCUGCGGAACCACACUCCCGUUGAAGGGCCGCGAAGAGGCCGUUGUAAACUGUGCCAAUAACCUGCGUUAUUUUGGCCCCGCCGCCGCCCUCCGUAGCCCUCAGACUGAUCACCUGCAGAGGCGGGUUUCGGGUUCCAGCCCCGACCUCAUCUCCACGGCGAUGGAUGCAGACACACGUCAGCGGACCUCAUCCACCAGCUCCAAUCCCCUCCCCGGUGCCGGUCCUGGCUGUCCCUGCUGCCAGACUCACCCUCUCCCUGGAUGCGUUCAAUGUCAGGAUACCACUCCUGCAUCCAGCCAGCCAGAGUUGCCCAGCUUUUCACUGCUCAGUACUCAAGAGGGAAGCCGGUCGACUUUGAAGGCUCCCAACAAAGAUCCCGCUUCUAAUGAGGAGGUCUCGAAGAAGCCCCAGCCUCAGGAACAGGAGGCCUUUCAAAACAAACACACCCUUCCUAAUGCACUUCCCCGUACACUCAGACCUCUGAGGAAGGGUGGAGAUGAGUCGUCUGAAGAGGAAGAAGGAGAGGUGGAUAGUGAAGUGGAGUUUCCAAGGAGACAGAGACCUCAUCGCUGUAUGAGCAGCUUCCAGUCGUACUCCACGUUCAGCUCGGAGAACUUGUCCGUGUCCGACGGCGAGGAGGGAAACACGAGCGACCACUCCCACAGCGGGCCCCUGGAGAGGCUGAGCGCCAGCCAGGAGGAGCACCUGGACGAGCUCCUGUCGCACACGCCGGACAUCCCAAUCGACAUCAUCACCCAGUCCGACGGCUUGUCUGACAAGGAGUGUGCCGUCCGCAGGGUCAAGACCCAGAUCUCCUUGGGAAAACUGUGCUCCGAUGAACACAGCUACGAGCACUUGUCCUCAUCAGGUGAUUUGGAGCCUUUUGGGUUCUGGGUUGGAAUCGGCACUCUGGCUUCCUCCCACAUUCCAAAACAUGCUUGUUACGGUCAUUGAAUAUUCCAAACUGUAAACUUCCACCCGUGAAAAUGUGAGUGUGAAUGCUUUUUUUUUUUUGGUCUAUUUGUGCCCUGUGAUUGGC